AUGUCUAGAUCUGAGAAACUUUGGUGCAUUAAGAUAGAAUCCAACAAAGCCUAUUUGUUUAAAGGAGGCAAAAAGUUACAGGGAGCUAGACACAUAGUUGCUGCUACAGCUGUAGAAACUAAUGUGAGACGAGACAAGAUUAAAACUUUACUGAAGAUUGAGUUUGACUAUAUCAAUAUCAAUGGAGGAAAGGAGAAUAUACAGUUUGUAAACGGAAUAAACCCUCAGUAUUUUAACAGGUUUGGAUCAGAUGAUGACUUCCAAAAGAUCGAUACAAAAGAUCCUAAAGAACUGGCAGAGCAGAUCACAACUGCAGCUGAUAAACUUUCAAUAAACAGUACCUCCACAGCAAGAACGAAUGCUACAUCCAGUCAGAGAACACCAGAAACUCAAAGAAAAAGAUCACUCUCUCGUACUUAUUCAGUUGAUCAGUCUACAUCAAAGAAAAAAAAGAAAGAAACAACCUCUACAAGCCAAUAUGUGAAGAAUAUUCAAGUUCGAUGUAAUGAGUGCAGAUUAGAUGAUUCAACACACUUUAUUCCAAUUGACAAAUUCGUUAUUCCUCCCAAGGAAAGACAAAUAAGAGAAGUUGAUGAAGGCUUUGUUUCCUCAUUAAAGACAAGUCUUAAAGACCAUCCUGAGGGAAACUAUGAACCAUUAUUUGUACUUGUCAAGGAUGUUGAUACAAAGGAACAUUUUGAUAAAACCAAGUUAGGUGAGUAUCAAUAUGAAGUGCUUGGGGGCACACACCUGACAUUGGCAACAAAGCAUCUUAAUCAAGAAUCUCCAACAAACAAAUACUAUAAAGGACGUAUUGCAAGAAUUUACAUCGGCUUAAAAGAUGAGGAAGCUCGAUGGUUAGGUGCAAUGCACAAUAAUACUGGUUCAUGCCGUCAUGGUCUUUCAUACAAAGAUGAGGUAGAAAUAUGUCGUACACAGCUGUAUCAAACAACUGGAGUUGAUCCAUCAGGGGAACCACCAAAGCCAAGUGAUACAUGGAGAGAUAUGUGCUCAAGUCUCUUAAACAAGCCUAAGAGAAACCUGAGUGAAGUGUUUACGAUGGCUCAAAGUAGUGGUGUUGUAUGGGGGCAUUUUCUAACAGUGAACCAGAAAUAUGAGAAUGGCCAGCUCAAGGACCAAAAGAUUAAAAAUUCAGAAAUUGUGAAAGGGAAACCACUGUUAAAGCAGUGGCAACUGAAAGAAUUAUGCAGCCUUGGGAAUGAAGACAGGGCAUUUUUGUUACAAAAGGUUGUCAAUAUAGAGAUGAGUCUUGAAGAGAUGAAUGUAGCAGGAAAACAGAUAAAAUUAGUAAAACCUGUGCAGGAGGCCAUCGUUAACUUCUUCAAGAUGGAGAGAUGGGAUGAGGCAGAGACAAAGUUUGGCGAUGGCGUCUCAGUGGACAAGUUAUUACGACAUGCUGUUAAGGCAUUUGAAGCAUCACACUCAUUUCAAAAUUACCUAAGGCAUUUGAAAAACAUGCUAAGUUCUGAUGAAGUUACAGCAUUGGACAUUUUUGAUGGCCAGCAAGGAACCAAAGGAAUUGCCCUUAACCUGAAUGUACAAGAUGUAAAUCAGGAGGCUGCCUCAAAACUUCCUAACUAUGAUGGAGCAUUCCUCACAAUAGCAAACGUGACAGAAAAUAAAGAGAUUGCUCAAGAUGUAGUGAAGGCAGUUUCUCGCCUGAACUUCACGAAGCUAACAUUUUUCAAUAUUGUGCUAUUUGUUGACAUAAAAGAUAUUAGCACCGUAAAGGAUGUACUGAAAAAAGAGGGUGCGUUUGAAAUCCAGACUGGUCAUUUCUUCAAAAAACAAAAGAAUAAUUGUAAUGGAUCAGUUCUUCACAAUGUCCUAACGUCUUUUCUAAUUGGACACUGGUCAGUGUCAAAUACACUGUCCGAGGAACACAUAACUGGAGUCAACGCGAAUGUCAUAGAAAUAAACGGUGACAGAGAAAUACAUUUACCAUUGGAAGCAUACGAAUGGUGUAGGCUUGAUUCGGAUGACUUGAGAUGUGGCGUGCUGACAGACGGAUGUGGAAUGGGUAACCCUCUCUCUCCUGUCCUUGCUAACAUCUUUAUGGCUAAAUUGGAAGCAGAUGUAGUCAGACCAUUCAACCCGCCUUUCUACGAUAGAUACGUAGAUGAUAUUUUCUCAAAAAGAAAACUAGAUGAGCCAGACCGCCUACUUGAAAAGAUGAACGAAUAG